AUGAUUUAUUUUAAAACUUGGGAAAAAUUCUAUCAAUGGUUAGAGACCCGUUAGAAUCUGAAAAGGACUUAAUAUUUCAGAAUAGAUGAUUGAUCUUUAACUGAGUUAUAAUCUAUAGGUUGAUAACAUCUUUACUUUUAGUGAUUUAGUGAUUUCUAACCGCUAAUGUUGAUAGUCAUGAAUUGUUCAGAUUUUAUUAUUCAUGUUUAUUUAAAUAGAUGAAUUUAUUUGUUUAUUAAUUGUUAGUAAUAUGGUUAUAGUUAAUUUUAUUUUAAAAAUGGUUGAGUAUGGUAUUUACUUACUAUUAUGAUCCAGACGGUAGCUUGUUUGUUAAAAUAUGUGAUUGUACCUAUCCUUAUUCCAUCCUAAAUCCCCUAUCUCCUUUCCCCCAUCCCCUUCCCCUCCCACACCCGUAUUGUUCCUAUUUUUUCCUUAUUCAUAUAAACUCAAUAAAAUAUUUUUUUUUAAAAAAAGGUAGCAAAAGACAAUCUUUUGUCACAUGGACCAAUUUGGAAUGCUGAAAACAUGUGAUGGACACACUUGCAAAAUGGCCGGCUUGGCAAUCUCCUCUAUGUACACAGUGAUGGCCUUGUGGGCAAGACGAAUCCCAAUACAAUCCAUGCGUGAGAAGGCAAAACUGGCCUUCCAGGACUUCUAGGCAUUUUCAUAGAGUCCAAAAGCAGUAUUUACUCAGUUCGAUGGGCCAGACAUAUUACUUAUUUAGUUACUUCCACUCCUUCCAUUCAGGAACUCCUAAUGGCUCAACUAAUACCCCUUUCCUUGUUUUUUUUAACAGUCUUGGCAGGAAUCUUGAGGUGAGAGGGGCUCACUGACUGAAAAUCACCCAGUGAUUAUAUAUUUACUACUUUUUGGUUUUAAUUAUUAUUAAUGCUAUCUUUUGUUAUAGGAUGCAUGUUAUAAGUUAGUAUUAUAUAUAAAUUCCCUCCUUAAAGACCAGUCUGCUUUCAUCUAUCAUUCCAAAGUUAGAUUCUGUUUAUAUCUAUAAGUCAAAUAUCAAAUUUGGAUCUGUUCUUUACACAUUUUUGUUACUCUUAGUGUGUGAAAUUUCCACUUUCUGGUUUCUUGCUAUAAGCCAUAAAUCUCUAAGUUGCUAAUUGUAGAGGCCAGUUUGGUAUAUUGGUUAAGACACCAGACUGGGGACUGACUGGUGCUCUAGUCAUGUCUUAGGUGCAAAGCCAACUGGGCCAAUCCCUCUAUCUCAGCUCUAGGCAGAAGGAGACAGUGACAAACCAUUUCUGAAAUCUUACCAAAGAAACUGCAGGACCAAAUCCAGGCAGUUCCCCGGAAUUAAGACUGAGGCAAAGAUAUAUAAAAAAGAAUUGAAAUACUGUGGGUACUUUAUAAAUGAUUCCUGGUUUCUAGGAUGCUGCAAUUUCUGAAGACAUUUCUGUUUCAAGAAUCCGACUGGUUUCCAUGGAUCUCUCUGCCAGGACUACUCUUCUCUUUACUAUCUCAUGCUGCCUGUGGAAUAUUGAAGCCCGAGAGUAUACACUUGCUCUCAGUGUGCCAAAUGGGGGUAACUGGGGUGACUGGGGCCAAAGUAGAUUUUGCGAGAAAGGUUAUGCUCAUGGCUUCUCCCUGAAGGUGGAAGAAAAGCAAGGGACAGGUGAUGAUACAGCUCUGAAUGGAAUCCGCUUGAUCUGUACCGAUGGCACAAAAAUUGAGUCUAAAGUUGGACCGUGGGGAACCUGGACCAAAGAACAAUUCUGCUACACAGGCUACCUGACUUCUUUUUCUCUGAGAGUGGAACCACCACAAAAAGAGGGUGAUGAUACAGCAGCCAACAAUAUUCAGUUCACCUGCAGUGAUGGUGCUAGCCUGAUGGGCCUUGGCAUGACAUGGGGUGAAUUUGGCGCAUGGAGCCAGCGCUGCAUCAGAGGCACAUGUGGUAUGAGAACAAGGGUGGAGGAUGCACAGGGCAUUGGUGAUGACACAGCACUCAAUGAUGUGCAUUUUUUCUGCUGUUAACAGUUGAUACAUGUUUUCUUAUGUAUCAAUAUGCUUUCGUUAUGUACUGUCAAAGACUGUUAAUUAUUGUUAAAUAUUAACUUGAGAAUAAAGAGUGUGUGGUCAUGCAAGGUAACCACCCCCAGGAGUUACCUCCAGAUUGGAGAGACCUAAGGAAGGUAGCAGAAACCUCAAGCAUUGCAAGUGUGAUUGACUGUUUCCCUUCUCAUCAUUUUGAUCCAAGGCAGAGUAAAAUACUGUAAUAUCAGGUUUCUGAUUGCUUGCAUGCAAAUAAAAUUAUGUUGCAUCUUUAAA